AUGAGUAUGUCUUUGUCAAAAUUUCCAUCAAUAGAAAUUAUAAAAGUAGCUGGUUCAGGCACUUUUGGUAAGAAAUAAAAAUAUUCAAAGGAUAUGUCUUUGAAGCAUAUGAUCAUAACACAAAAUAAAAAGUUGCUUUGAAAAGAAUUGAGAAAGUUGGAAAUCUGUUAAGCAGAGAAUACGAGAUACUAUUUGAAAUUAAAGAAUGUGAUCAUAUAGUUAAAAUACUUGUAAAUUAUUUAGUUAAAAUAGGAUUUUUUUUAUUCGAGAACAGAUGCGGGUAAAUUAAUUCAAAAUAUUGUGUUUGAAUAUAUGGAGGAUAAUCUCGAGAAUAGAAUAUAAACAUAUGUAAAAUAAGGUAAAAUCUUCUCUGAAUUGACCAUCAAGUCAUAUAUUUAUCAAAUUUUAAAAGGAUUAUAGUUUAUCCAUAAAAAAGGAAUAGCUCAUAGAGAUUUAAAGCCGUAAAUUUAUUUGUUAAUAUAAAUUAGAGAAAAUAUUUUAAUAAAUGAGAAGGAAAUAGUUAAAUUAUGUGAUUUUGGAAGUUCUAAGAUGAUAAAUUCACAUGGUUAAAAUACUCCAUAUAUUGUAUCAAGAUAUUAUCGUGCACCUGAAUUAAUUUUAUGUGUAACAAAAUAUGAUGUGUCUAUUGAUAUUUGGGCUUUGGGUUGUAUAAUGGGAGAGUUAGUAAUAAAAGAAGCUCUUUUUAAAGGAAAAAGUGAAGGAGACUAAUUAUUUGCAAUAUUAAAAGUGAUGGGAAGUUUUAAUUAAAGUGAGAUUGAUUAUUUUGCAAAUAAAGUACCAUUUGAUCAUAAAAUAUUUUUCAAAGAAUUGUAAAAGUAUAAAAAAUAAAAUCUGAAAGAGAAAUUUAGUUAAUUGAAGGAUUUGGAUAACUUUUUGGAUCUUCUUAAGUAAUAUAUAUCUAAUAUUUUAGUUUAAUGUUACAAUACAAUCCCGAGAAAAGAAUUAGCGCUAAUGAUGCUUUAAAGCAUCCGUUUUUUAAAGAUGUAGCAAAUGAAUGA